UUUCCUCCCAGAAUUAGCCGACUCUUUUAACUCCCCCCGCGAUUCUCCCGUCAGCCUUGGCAUUCAAAUCAAGUUCUCUCCCCCUUUGAUGAGCAGCCAUCCCUCCCGCCUCGCCGUGUUCAGGCAGAGAUGCAGGAGGACAGGUGUCACGGCGGGGCUGCAGGUCCGUGCGGCUGUCCUUGAGCUGCUGAGCCGGCCCGUGGCGAGCGCUGAAGAGGUCACAGACGCGCCCCCACACCGCCACAUUCGGACUGACUUCCCAUCCAGACGGGCGCCGUCGCUAAGCCUGAUGGGAUCCAUCUGGAAGGACGAGAUAAACCCUCCAAAUGUAGGUGUCCAAAACCUGCAGGGAUUUAGCCCCGAAGACGGCGGGCUUUGAUGAACGCCGAGGUGGCUUCUGAAAAGAAAUCAAUCAGGACGCUUCUGGAGAAGUACCUCCCAUUCUUCUUCCAGCUGGAAGGGGAGGAGGAAGUGAUUGUAUCAGUUCACCGACAGACCUGCGGCGCGGCGGGAUUCUAACUCAGAGCAAACGCUCUAAGUGUCCUUUUGAUCCACACAGUCUCUCCCUCGAGCGUGGAGGUGAUUCAGCCAGUUGUCUGUUCAAGGUUCAAGCAGGACCUCCGAGACUGUUUCUGUCAAAUAUUUGUACAAACACACAAAGUCAAGGCUGCCGGGUCCUUGGAAAUGAGAACACACAGACAAAGAGGCUUCGCUGCUCAGGCAACACCUGGCCAUGGAGGGUCUCUAAGCAACUACUGUGAGUCCAUGAAAGGAAGCAGCACCUGCUUGAUGACAAUCUGACUGGAGGCAGAACAAGUGGAGUAGUUUGUGAUUUUCUGUUUCAUUCAGGCUGUUUUCAUCUUCAGAUUGUUGAGUUGUUGUUGUUGUUGUUGUUGUUGUUGUUGUUGUUGUUGUUGUUGUUGUUGGAGUGAGACAGCAGAACCGUCGAGGCUGAACAGGAUGCAGGGAAACUGACCUGAUCCAGAGGGAGGUAAAACCAUCUCCUUUCUCUGAAGCUGCUUCUGUUUUUGUGAACUGACAGGGAGGCAGAGGUCAUGUGACUUCUCAGGUACUGAGGUGUCAAGGUGAGCACAGCUGUCCAUCACAGGUGAGGAUGGAUUUCAUCUGAAGACAGGAACCACAUUUGGAUCUGACUGAGCCAGGCUGCUGUCAUUUCUGUGGCUCAGCCUCUGAUGUCACUGAAUGAGCAGUGCGGGCUUCCAGUGCGCACCUUCGGGGGCGCAGCAGCAGUUUCACUCUUCCUUCAGCAUCCACCCAGAACCCGCCGCCGCGCGUCCUGAACGCGCAGCUUUUGUUCCAGCAGCGUCUGCGUUUCUCCCCGCUGAGGAACUUUUUGGGAGCAGGAGAAAACAGCAGACGCGGGAUUCCAGUCCAAGUUGAGCGGUCAGUUCCCGCAGCCGCAGCCGCGUUCAGCACCAUGGAGAGCGGCGUGGUGCACAUCUUCAAAGAGGACAAGUGUCCCUCGGGUCAGCCGGGGGAGUGCGUGCCAAACUUCACCUGGCAGCCCGGCUUACCGGACAUCUACAACUACACCCCCAACGGGACCUGGGACUCGGAACCGGAGCCGCUGUCGCCCAUCAUCCCCAUCAUCGUGGCCGUGUACUCCGUGGUGUUCGUGGUGGGCUUGGUGGGGAACUGUUUGGUGAUGUACGUCAUCAUCAGAUACACCAAAAUGAAAACAGCCACCAACAUCUACAUCUUCAACCUGGCUGUGGCCGACGCCCUGGUCACCACCACCAUGCCCUUCCAGAGCACCGACUACCUGCUCAGCUCCUGGCCCUUCGGCGAGGUGGCGUGCAAAGUGUUCAUCUCCAUCGACUACUACAACAUGUUCACCAGCAUCUUCACGCUGACCAUGAUGAGCGUGGACCGCUACGUGGCCGUGUGCCACCCCGUCAAGGCCCUGGACUUCCGCACGCCCGUGAAGGCCAAGAUCAUCAACGUGGUCAUCUGGGUGCUGUCGUCGGCCGCUGGGAUCCCCGCCAUGAUUCUGGGCAGCACCAACACCAACAACGGAACCACGGAGUGUGCUCUACAGUUCCCAGAGCCCUACGCCUACUGGGACACCCUGAUGAAGAUCUGCGUCUUCAUCUUUGCCUUUGUGGCCCCCCUCAUCAUCAUCAGCGUCUGCUACACGCUGAUGGUCCUGCGGCUGAAGAGCGUCCGCCUCCUCUCCGGCUCACGGGAGAAGGACCGCAACCUGCGGCGCAUCACCCGUCUGGUGCUGGUGGUGGUGGCGGUCUUCGUGAUCUGCUGGACCCCCAUCCACAUCUUCAUCCUGGUCAAAGCUCUGUCGGCCAGCGUGCCUGAGACCACCGCCGUCAUGGCCGCCUACUUCUUCUGCGUAGCUCUGGGCUACACCAACAGCAGCCUGAACCCCAUCCUCUACGCCUUCCUGGACGAGAACUUCAAGCGGUGCUUCAGGGACUUCUGCUGCCCCAGAGCGGUGGGACACGGGGACUGCCAGGGGGUGAGCAGAGUGAGGAGCACCCUGAGGGAUCACACCUGCCCCCCUGAAGGGCGGGGGACCGCGAAGCAGCCCAGGCCUGUAUGACUAGCCAUGGACGUGUCCUCUGUGCCGUUUCACAGCUGGGAGGACUCCAAUGACCUGUGUCUGACACAGAUCACCACUAGUAUUUAAACAAACCUGUUAGGAUCAUCACACAAGUAAAAGCACUUCAACUUUACUAUACAAAUACUCCUCACACUGAAGUAUUUCCCCAGUUACCACUGGUAUUAUAAUGUUAAAAUGUGGAGACUUGCACUUAAGCUCACCUGAAAUAACCUAUCUACAUGUUAUACUGUGUUUUUACUUCUAAAACUUUACAAAUACUUCAACCACAACAGCUUCUCAGAUUUUGCAGAUAUGAGUGAAGUAUUUGUAAAGUUUGAGAAGCAGACUUUACAAAUACUUCAACUUCAAAUCUGUACUUCAAUUUCAAACUUUACAGAUAUGAGUAAAAUAUCAGUAAAGUAUGAGAAAGCAGACUUUACAAAUACUUCAUAAUUGUACUUCUACUUGAUCCUUUCAAAGUCGGCUUCUCAAACUUUACAAAUACUUCAUAUUUGUACAUCUACUUCAUACUUGUAAAUAUCUUCUUGGACUUUACUGGUUUGAGUAAAGUAUUUAUCAAAUUUGAUAAGUAGACUUUACAAAUACUUCAACUUCAAAUCUGUACUUCAAUUUCAAACUUUACAGAUAUGAGUAAAAUAUUAGUAAAGUAUGAGAAAGCAGACUUUACAAAUACUUCAUAUUUGUACAUCUACUUCAUACUUGUAAAUCUCUUCUCGGACUUUACCGGUUUGAGUGAAGUAUUUAUCAAAUUUGAUAAGUAGACUUUACAAAUACUUCAACUUCAGAUCUGUAUUUUUAUCCCUGAACUUCAACGAUAUGGACUAAGUAAUAGUAUAGUCUGAGAACCAGACUUGACUUGUACUUCAUAUUUGUAAUUCUACUUUAUAUAUUGUAAAGUAUGUUUUCUCAGACUUUACAAAUGCUACACUCGUACCAGUAAAGUCUGAGAACCAAACUUUACAAGUACUUCAACCUUAGAUCUCUACUUCUAUGUCAAACUUUACUGAUAUGAACCAUGUAUUUGUAAAGUCGUAGGAAGCAGACUUUACAAAUACUUCAUAUUUAGACUUCUCUUUCAUUGUUGUAAAGACUGUUCCAUAUAUGUACUUCAUAUCUGUCAUUUUACUUCAUAUUUGUAAAGUAGACUUCACAGAUACUUCAGCCAUGUCUGCCAGAUUUUACAGAUAUGACGUAGAAGUGCAUAUGGAGUUGAAAUACUUGUAAAUUUUUCUUUUCAGAUUCUACUGGUAUGAGGGAAAUAUUACUAAAGUCUGAGAAGAAAACAUUAAAAAAACAUCAACUUCAUAUCUGUACUUCUAUCUCAAACUUUACAGUUACAGGUAAAAUAUUUGUGAAGUCUGAGAAAGCAGAUUUUACUAAUACUUCAUAUUUGUACUUCCACUUGAUACUUGUAAAGUCUGCUUCUCACACUUUACAAAUACUUUAUAUUUGUACUUCAUAUCCAUCCUUUUUCUUAGUAUUUGUAAAGUGGACUUCACAGAUACUUCAGCCACGUCUGUCAGACUUUACUGGAAUAAAGUAAAAGUACAUUAUGAAGUUGAAGUAUUUGUAGUUUCCUUCUCAGACUUUAUGAGUGAAGUAUUUGUAGUCUUAGAAAGAAGACUUUACAAAUACUUCAAAUUUGUACUUCUACUUCAUACUUGUAAAUUCUACUUCCCAAACUUUACAAAUACUUCACUCAUACCAGUAAAGUCAAAGAAGCAGAUUUAACGGAUAUUAAUUGAAAAUAAAAUCUGAAGUUGAAGUUUUUGUAAAGUCUACAUCUCUGAUUUUACAGAUAUUAUUGAAGCAUGACUAAAGUCUGAGAAAGCAAACUUUACAAACACUACUUUGUGUACAUAUUUUUCAUAUUUGUAAAGUGUGUUUCUCAGAAUUUACAAAUAUGUGUGAAGCAUUUGUGAAGUAUAAAGUACAAAUACAUCAAUAAUAUGUAUAGACUGAGUGAAAAAAAUGACUCAAAAAGUACUCACCUAACUGCAGUUUCUGCAACCUUUGUUCCUUUCACUGAAAAAGCUCACAGACAGACAUACUGCGUACUGACUGUAGGUAAUUUAUUUCAAUGUCUAAACUUUUAUCCAGUCUGUGUUCACAUCAACAGAAGUGCAGAAAUCAUUUCCCAUAAAAGUGAGGAACUCAUCAUUUAGGAUUGUUGAUGAUUCUGAAGUAAAGUUGGACUCUGGAAUAUUUGACGUUAAACUGCAUUUAUGAACAUCUACUCUGAAAAUUAUGAAUCGUGUACAUAAAUACCAGGAUUUCGGGGCAGAAUGGAAAUGUUUGUGUUUGUUUACAGACUGUCACUUUGAGGGUUUCUCAUCUGGUCACGCACAAAAAAGAAAGAUCUGUUGGUGUUCUAAAACUGGAGUGCAGAUCUUUGUUUUAGGGAUCCUGGAUGUAAGUUCAACUUUUAUUUUGCUUGAAUGAAAGUGUAAAUUUCUGGACUAUUUGGCUGAAACUCAGGGAUCCUCUGGAAAUCACAGCUGAACGGCAGCCUUUUCUCAUGGACUUUGGUGAAACGUUGAUGAACGAGACUUUGAAUUCCUGAACCUCACGUGACCCUGACCUGCACCUCUGAACAUUUGGAAAUCAGCAGAAAAGGACGACUUAUGUCAAAAAAAAUGAAGAAAAAAAGCAUCCGUGUGGAUUUUCACUUCAGUGUAAAAGAACUGGAAACUAAAUCUCCGUGAAAGAGUUUCUGAAUUUUAAUAAGCAAAACUUGUAAAUUUCAGCUUUUCAGCUUUAUAACCGGCGUUUGUUCAGUUAUUGUAUAAAGAUAUAAUACUGUGUGGUUAGUAUAGAUAUAAAGACAUUCAGACUUCUCAACAUUGUGCAUCAUCUGAAGCAGAAACCUCACCUUUAAACUACACAUGGGAUCUUUUCAUCCAUCACAUCUGUAUUUGCAAAAAAAACCAAAAGGGUAAACUCUAUAUCACUAUAUGACAAACUAUGAAUUCCUAUUAUUGAGCUAAUAGUAUGUGUACAAACCUUUUCAAAGCAGCUAUUAUUCCAGUUUGUGCUGCAGAGAACAGCUUGUGUUUGUGUGCUUUCGGUGGUUUUUCAUCCCUUUUGACAGAUUUGUUUUUUUGGCACUUUAAUGUGAGUUUUUUUUUCCUAACGGAGAUUUUCCAGUGUAAGAUCAGUGAAACAGAUUUCCCCUCCGUUACUGUACUUUAAACCCUCUUCUGUGUUUAUUCACAAACAAAAUGUCAGCCCAGGUGAGCCUCACGUGUGUGCAUAAUGUGCUGCUGUAUCUUUUGAGUAUUUCAGUGUAUACUUUAAGCUCUGAAUGUCAAACGUGCACCGUGCAUGCACGACUGAGUCCUAAUAAAGCUGUAAAGUGAGGGAAA